AUGAGGAAUUUUAACAGGUUCAUAUCAAGACACGAACUUACUGAUCUUCCAAUGAUUGGGGCUACAUACACCUGGACUAAUAAUCAGGUUCAAUGUGUUCGUAGUAGAAUUGAUAGGAUUUUAGUUUCUGUUGAUUGGGAGUGUCGGUUUCCGAAUGUUACUCAACAAGCUCUUGUCAGGCCAUGUUCAUAUCAUAGUCCUUUUGCUCUUAUUUGUGAUGGUGUCGAAGGAGGUUCAUGCCCAUUUCGUUGUGAAAUUUUCUGGUAUUUACAUCCUGACUUUUUCACUUUCAUUCAAAAUACUUGGAAUUCUUUCACCGUGACAGGUAAUUCAGGUUUUGUGAUGUGCAAAAAGUUUCAACUUUUAAAGCCUUUGUUAAAGCUUUGGGCUAAGCAAGAGUUUGGACAUAUGGAAAGGAGAUUAGAAGAACUGGAAGAUAUUUUUGUCAAGCUUGAUGUAGAGGAAGAUCUUCAUGGUGGACUCAAUGAAGAUCAAUGGAAUGAAAGGUUGAAAGCUCACCAGGAUUAUUGCAAUUUAACUAUUGCAAAAGCUGAAAAAUGGAGAAGUCGUUCUAGAGCUAAUCACAUUGCUUUGAAUGAGAAAAACACAAAAUAUUUUCAUAAGCUUGCCUCAGAUAGAAGAAGAAGGAAUUUUAUUGGUGCCAUAAAAGUAGAUGGGGUGAUGACUUAUAAAGCUGAAGAGGUCAAGAAAGGGAUUGUAGACUUUUUUCAAAAUAUUUUUCAAAAUCGAGCUACCAGGACAGUUUCACUUGAGUUAAUGCAUUUCAAUAGAAUCUCUCAAGAUUUGAGAGUUGGUUACAAUUGGAUGUUGACGAGUCUGAAUGUUUGUCUGCAAUCAAACUUUUGGGUCAAAACAAGGCACCUGGUCCGGAUGGGUUUGCAAUUAGCUUUUAUCUGUUUUGUUGGGAAGUUCUUAACAAGGAUUUCAUGA